AUGUUGCCAUUCACAGUGAUGCGAUACGUCAGGGCACUUGCCGACAUGGUCAGACUUUGCUUUUCUAAUCCCGAUAUGUCCAUCCAAGACUGCCUUCGACCGACCACAUACGAUCUCGACGAGAUAUGGCGCUGGAAUCAUGACUUGCCACCCACGUACAGUUUUUGCAUGCAUGAGAGGGUAUCCGAACAGGCUCAGAAGUUCCCUGAUAAAGAGGCAAUCGCAUCCUGGGACGGCAGCCUGACAUACAGCCAGAUUGACCAGUACUCCACAUUCGUUGCGCGCUCGCUCAAGGAUAUGGGAAUUGAACUGCAUGACGUUUUACCGGUCUGCUUUGAGAAAUCCAGAUGGACCGUCGUCGCGGUUCUGGCGGUAAUGAAAGCCGGCGCGACCUUUGUGCUAAUGGACCCGACGCUGCCGCUUGCCCGACUGCAGAACAUGGCCCAACAGGUUGGCGCGAAGAUGAUGGUUUCAUCUCGGGACCAGCAUGACCUAGCGACGCAGAUCAUACCAGACGCGAAGGUGUUCGUUGUAGAGGAGAACACGUUCACCAGUCUGUCCACUACACAGAGCAACGUACCACUACCGACGGUCCCCUCGCCCGCCCUGAUGUACAUCAUAUUUACAUCCGGCAGCACAGGUACCCCGAAAGGAGUCAAAAUCUCCCACGAGACCUACACCAGUAGUGCCAUUCCCCGAGCCAAGGCUGUCGGGUACACGGAGGAUUCGCGCGUCCUUGACUUUGCCUCCUACGCCUUCGACGUUAGCAUCGACAGUAUGCUUCUGACCCUGGGCAACGGCGGCUGCCUUUGCAUUCCAUCGGACGAAGACCGCCUUAACGACAUCAACGGAGUGAUACGACGGAUGAAAGUCAACUAUGCGGGCCUGACGCCUUCCGUAGCCCGUAUUCUAGACGCGGAUGUAAUAUCCUCACUCAGUGGCCUAGGUCUCGGAGGAGAGGCCGUCUCGGCGAGAGAUGUCAAUCUCUGGGGCCAGGACACCAGGAUUAUUAUCGGCUAUGGUCCCUGCGAAUGCACGAUUGGGUGUACAGUGAACAGUAGCGCGGCAACGGGGAGAGAUUAUAUCUCCAUUGGCCCUGGUAAUGGGGCAGCCAUCUGGAUAGUCGACCCUAAUGACCAUGAGUCUCUUGUGCCCAUCGGCGCGGUAGGAGAAUUGCUGGUUGAAGGUCCCAUAGUAGGACAGGGCUACCUGAAUGAUCCGGAGAAAACCGCGGCAGCGUUUAUUGAGGAUCCGUCGUGGUUGAUCGCCGGUCACGACGGCUACACUGGUCGCCGGGGCCGUCUGUAUAAGACCGGCGAUCUGGGUCGAUAUGACCCGGAUGGGUCAGGGGGCAUUGUCUUCGUGGGCCGCAAGGAUACCCAAGUCAAAUUGCGAGGACAGCGAGUUGAGCUCGGAGAGAUCGAGAGUCAACUGAGAGCUAGACUGCCCUCAGAGACGACCGUCAUUGCUGAGGUGAUUGUACCCCAAGUGUCUGGGGGACAACCGACCCUGGUGGCAUUUGUUGCAUCACAGAAGACAAAGGGCCAUGACCAUACUGAACUCGAGGCGGCAGAGCUUUCUGAUGAGGUGCAACAGGCGCUGUCAGAAGCCGAUGCGGAGCUGGCAAAGGUAUUGCCUCGAUACAUGGUGCCCACUGCGUACAUCCCUGUCAACCACAUUCCCACGUUGAUCUCGGGUAAAACAGACCGCAAGAGACUAAGGCAGUUCGGCGCAACCGUUGACCUGCGACAGCUGGACCAGGAGGUUACGAACGCCGCAACUCGGGAGCUGAGUGAUCUGGAGCAUCGCUUGCGACAGGCAUGGAGCCAGACGUUGAAGCUCCAAGCGGAUUCUAUCCGUCUCCAAGACAACUUCUUCGCUCUAGGUGGAGACUCCCUCACAGCCAUGAAACUGGUCUCUGUGUGUCGGUCUCGGGGUCUCGACCUCAGUGUAACCAGCAUGUUUAGCAAUCCUACCCUGUCCGCCAUGGCCAGCGUUGUUCGCAUUUGCAAGGAGAACGUGCAAAGGGAAGUCCUCCCAUUCUCAAUGAUCACGUCCGAUGUUGAGAGUGCCUGCGUAGAGGCAGCAGAGGUCUGCGGAGUUGGCCCAGCAGAUAUCGAGGACAUCUACCCCUGUACGCCCACACAGGAGUCCCUGUUCACUUUCUCGCUUAAGUCAGUCAAACCCUAUGUGGCGCAGCGAGUUCUGUGUAUCCCGUCGCAUAUCGACCUCAACGCUUGGCGAAAGGCAUGGCAGGAGGUGGUCGCCGCACUCCCCAUUUUACGGACACGAGUGGCCCAGCUGCAAGAGCCUGGGCUUCAGCAGGUUGUGCUCAAGGAAAAUAUCUGCUGGAUACACGCGUCCAAUCUAUCCGAAUACCUGGAGAACGACCGAACCGAAAAGAUGAAUCUCGGAGAGAGUCUGGCUCGUUACGCCAUCGUUGAAGAGUCAACCACCGGCAAGCGAUACAUGGUUUGGACUAUUCACCACGUCCUUUACGACGGGUGGUCAGAGCCGAUUAUCCUCACGCAAGUCAGCAACGCUCUGCAAGGGGAGCCAACUGAUAUAAAGACGCAGAUGCGAGACUUUGUUAAAUACGUGCGCGACUUGGACGACACCGUAAUGCAGGAAUUCUGGCGACGGGAGCUGAAAGGUGCUGUCGGGCCUCAAUUCCCGCGUCUACCCUCCAGAGACUUCAUGCCUACCCCGGGCGCCCUAGUCGAGCAUCAAGUCUCCCUUGAUACCAGUUGCGGAUCACCAUUUACCAUUGCGACAUUAAUUCGCGGCGCCUGGGCACUCGUCGCGUCCCAAUACACCGGAAGUGACGAUAUCGUGUUCGGCGAGACCCUCACAGGUCGCGACAUCCCACUACCUGGAGUCGAAAGCAUCGUUGGACCAUUAAUUGCAACGGUUCCCGUCCGCGUGCGCGUUCACCGGGGAAGUACCGUAGAGUCCUACCUCCAAGCCGUGCAGCAGAGUGUCUUGGCCCGUACCCCAUACCAGCACAUGGGCAUGCAAAACAUCCGCAAGGUAAGCCAAGAUGCGCAGCACGCGUGCGAAACUGGCACGGGUCUGGUAAUUCAGCCUGAACCAGAGUACACGGGCAGCGAACUCGGCGUUGAGAGCGGGGAUGUGGUCCUUGAAGCUCUGCAUUUCAACCCGUAUCCGCUGAUGCUGGCUUGCGGGAUUCGCAAGGGUGGUUUCCGGGUUUGCGCGAGCUUUGACUGCAGUUUGAUUGAGACCAAGCAGAUGGAACGGAUGCUUGCGCAGCUUGAAGCCGCUUGUUUACUGAUGAGUAAAGGUCUUUCCCGCAGGGUUGACGAGAUCUCUUGCCUUCCCGAGGCGGAGUUGGACCAAAUCUGGCAAUGGAAUCAGAUUCCACCCUUGGCUUUGGACGAAGCAACAAGUAGGGUGCGUGCAGAUACAAGCGCGAAGCCCGGCUCAAGUUAUCCUCCCGCAGUCGUUCCUUGGGUUUGCAACCCUCGAAACCCGUCCCUCCUCUCGCCUAUCGGCUGUGUUGGUGAGCUCUGGCUUGAAGGAGCCCUUCUUUCCGGUGACACCGUUGAUUCGCCCACCUGGCUUGUGGCCGGAAGUUCUACCUGUGCUGGCCGAACUGGCAGAGUGCAAGCAACCGGCGACAUGGUUCAGUUACGAGAAGACGGCAGCUUAGUGUUUGUUGGUAGGAAGGAGAAUGUUGUUCCUGUUCAAGGGCAUGCAGUGGAUAUCACAGAGAUUGAAAGGUACCUCGCAGAACAUCUUCCGCCGACAACCCGUGCCGCUGCUGCUGUAGCGCGAUCCUCAUCCGACCAGGAGCUGGUUAUUUUCAUUGAGCAACCCGCUGCGGAGGAAGUCUGUAUUCAGCUCCUGUCGGAGAAGCGCGAGAUAGUGUGCGACUCGCCAGGUCAAACCUUCCAGACCACAAUUUGCGCGACGAUCCCCGCCAAUCUUGCUGCAGCGUUGAAGAAGCUCGACAAGUACAUGCGAGACUCGCUUCCGUCGUAUAUGGCUCCGUCCGCUUACAUCGUGGUAGACAAACUGCCCACUACGAGGAGCCAUAUCGACCACAGUUUGCUCAAUCAGAUCGCCUCUCAGGUUACUCCACAAACCCUCAACCAGCUUCGUGAUGGUUUGAGAGACGCCUGGAGCAAGGCUACAGUCCAAAACCAUCUAUCAGCACCAGAAAGCAUUCUGCGGUCUGCAUGGGCCAAAGUCCUUCGUAUCGAUCCCGAGCAGAUCGACGUAGACGACAAUUUCUUCCGGCUCGGUGGUGAUUCUGUGCUUGCAAUGAAGCUCGUGUCGAGUCUCCGCGCGCAAGGCCACAGCUUGUCCGUGGCUGAUAUCUUCCGGCACAUGCGUCUCGGCGACGCUGCCAGAGUGUUGAAGGUGGAUGAACGCUCAAAGCAGAAGGUUAAUAUGUAUCAGCCGUUUUCCAUGCUCCGUCUAGUGGAUGUCCAGCAGUUCCUAACCGACACUGUCCGACCACAGCUUGGGGACCCAAGCUGGCCCAUCCAAGAUGUGCUGCCAGUGACGGAUUCCCAGGCUCUGGAUAUCAGAGCAACCAUCCAGCCUCCGAGGACGUCUAUCCAGUAUACAAUGCUGUACUUCAACAGCAGCGUUGAUAGAGAGCGGUUGUUCCAUGGGUGCAGCGAACUGGUGAAGACGCACGAGAUCCUUCGUACCGUCUUCAUAUCAUACGAAUCCAGCUUCUUGCAGGUCGUCCUGAACGAGUUGGAAAUUGUGCGCUCGCACAAAGCUGACAAGGAUCUCGAUCAAUACGUCGCCAAUCUCUGCAGGGAGGACAUCGAAUCCAACUUCCAGCUUGGAUCUCCGUUCCUCAGACUGUUCCACGUGGAAGGAAGCAAUGGCAACACCUGCCUCAUCAUCCGCCUAUCUCACGCCCAAUACGACGGCGUCUCCCUGCCCAGAAUCCUCCAAGACCUAGACUCCCUGUACACCGGCACCCAGCUCGCCACGUACUCGCAAUUCUCGUCGUACAUGGCGCAGAUCAGCGAAGAGCCCAUCCAAAGCAAAGCAACGACCUACUGGCGCAACCUUCUCUCCAACUCCUCUCUCUCAAUCCUCGGCGGACCUUCCUCCCACCCCAACGACAAAGCAAUCUUCCACACCCGCCCCACCAACGUCCAUCCCCUGCGGGAAAUCACAACCGCAAACCUGCUCACAGCAGCCUGGGCCCUGCUCCUCGCUCGUCGCCUCCAAACACCAGACGUCACCUUCGGCAGCGUCACAUCCGGCCGCACACUCGACAUUUCCCACGCCGAGCACAUCAUGGGUCCCUGCUACCAGCUCACCCCCAUCCGGGUCCCCUUCCAGCCUGACUGGACCGCAAGCGACCUACUCCACUUCGUCCAGACUCAGUCUGCCGAGUCUGCAGCGCAUGACUUCUUGGGAUUUGAGAAGAUUGCUAAACUGGCGGAGUGGGAUAUACGUCCCGGGAAAGGCUUCGACUCCAUUGUGCAUCAUCAGGACUGGGAGGAGUUUGAGAGUAUGCCUUUUGGUGGGGGGUCUUGUCGGGUUGAUAUUGCGAAUCCGCAUGGGGAUGCGGCGUAUCCGGUUAAGGCUGUUUCGCUUGUGAAAGGUGGAGAGAUACAUGUUGGGGUGGUUGGGAGUGAAAGGGAUGUGGGGUUUGUGGAUGAGGUUCUUGGGGAAUUGGUUGCUGCAGUUGAGGAGUUGAGUGGUCAGAGUGAAGAGGUGUUGCUUGAUAGGGAGUUGUUUUAG